UGAGCAAAGCUUGAAUGCACACAGGCAAGCUCCACUCCAGCCAUUUGCUCACCUGUCCGCAAACAUACCAAGUCCAGCCUCAAACUUUCACCCAACCAAAGCUACUUAAAAAGAAGCCUGAAACAGGCAUCUGGCUGAAGAUUCAAAACCAAGUGGGAAAAGUGUUUUAAAGAAGUUAAACAAGAAAGAAGACAUGAAGACUUCCGUUUUCCCAGACAAUUUUUAACUGUUUGAUUAUUUAAUAUUUUCUGAGGAAUACUGCAACUUUUGCUUUUGCCAGCAGGCACUUUUUUCUCCUUUAAAGAAGACCUGAUUUCAUGUGGACUGCCAAAUCAAAGGAAAUGUUGAAAGACUUCUCAUAGUGAAGUAUACAGUAGCGUGGCUGAGAUAUGCAUUUCAGAUGUGCAAGUUUUUUAAUGGGGAGGUUUCCCUGUUUUGUUUUUCAGACAGUUUUCCUCCUUUAACAAGGAGAUAGAGUAGUAAUCAGUAGUCAUUUCCCUCCCCUAAAACAAAUACUUCAGUCACGACUGCAUGAUAUUUUUUUGGAGAAGAACAAGAGUUUAGAGGGGAGAAAUGAAAAAGCACAGAAACUCUUGUGCAUGAAAGACAACAUAGGCUCAAGACAGAGACUUUCUCUCUUCUACUCUGUGCCUAAAGUGUAAGGAUUCUAUUUCUUUUAAAGACUCUCCUUCAAUGUGUCUGGAACUUCUGGGGAUUGGAGUCGGCAUGAAUUUUGGAGUGCUCUUCGUGUCUCUCUGGUACCUACCACUCAUUAGCACUAAGGGAGACCCCAUCCCUGAAGAGCUUUAUGAAAUGCUGAGUGACAGCUCGGUGCGCUCCAUCAGUGACCUCCGGCGGGUUCUGCGGAUAGACUCCGUAGAAGAAGAUGACUCCUAUUUCUAUCUGAACUCCACCAAAAUACAUCCUAAUCAAAAUCAUGUUCCUUUUUUCCGAGGAAAACGAAGUCUAGGUGGUGAGGAACCUGUUGAGCCAGCUGUAAUUGCUGAGUGCAAGACACGGACAGAAGUCUUUGAAAUCUCCAGGAGUAUGGUAGAUCCUACAAAUGCCAACUUCAUUGUGUGGCCACCAUGUGUGGAGGUCCAGCGGUGCACGGGCUGCUGCAACACCCGAAACAUGCACUGCCUUCCUAAGCGGGUUCGUGUGCGUCACAUCCAGGUAAAUAAGAUUGGAAUUGUCCAAAAAAAGCCAACCUUUAAUAAAGCCAUUGUGGCCUUGGAGGACCACCUGGAGUGUCGAUGUGAGACAGUAUCACCCCGACCUGUGAGCCGGAUACAUUCACAUGAACACAGAGGUGGGCCGCAACUGAGCACUGUUGGUCCUCUUCCAGCAAGGGCACGAGUGCACCGGUUGAUGCCUCAAAAAAGGAAGCAUCGGAAGUUCAAGCAUGUACACGAUAAGAAGGCGCUGAAAGAUAUCUUCCCAGCAUAGGGAUGUUGGCAGGUGAAAGUGCAAAUGUCAGGUUUAUUAUUUAAUAUAUUUGCUGUAUUGCCCCCAUGGGGUCCUCAGAAUUUUUCUCUCCGUCCAUCUGCCUCAUCGCUUUUUCUGGACGGCAAAUGGUGCUUUCCAAUCCUUCACUCGCUGGAUGUUCUCCCACCAAAGUUUAACCGUCAAGUUCUUACUCUUCGCUUCUUAACCACAUUUCAGCAUUCUCCCAAAGGAAGAAAACAACUUGACACAUGGCAAUUUGGAUGGGCUCUGUGCUUCCUGUUGCAGCAAACCCAAAUGGAAAUGUGGCACUUGUGGUCCCAAUCUCCUGUUUGAAGGGGGAGGAGAAACAGAGAGGUGGCCAUUCUCUCCUAUUCCUUCUCGCCCCUCCCCAUCCCAUCCAGACAUUAGCUGGGCUCAGACUGUUUGGACACAAUUGAAGGCAGUCAGACUGGCAUCCAAUGACAGCAAAUGCACUAAGGACUUUUAUUGUUAUGUCUGAAUAGAUUUUUUUUAUUUUGUGUGUAUGUAUAUUUUUAUUUUUAAAACCACUAAACCACGCCAUGCCUCGGGGAACAGAAACAAAGAAAACAGAAUACAUUCACCUUCUAGACUCUGCUUUCAACUGGACUACCUGCAGGAAAAUGAACAGAAAGGGAGCAAAGGUCGGGGACACCACUGCCCCCCUCUCCAGGGAUCCCCUUGGGCCAACGAGGCCUUCUUUGCACAUGACUACGGAGGGCUUGGCUUACUCUGUUUCCAGUCUCCUGUAUCAGUUGGGAGUUUGGAUUUGUUGUUGUUACAUAUAGCUGUGAGAUUUCAUUCAUGGAUUUAUUCCAUACAAGGAACUUGCUGGAUAUGGGCAUAAUCUCCAGAGCGUGGUAACGAAAAAAGCAAACAGGCAGUGUAUGUACCAUGUGACGCAUAGAUUCAUGAGGAAAGGGGUGGAAGGUGACAAUGGUCCAAUCUUCUGUUGCAUCUGCUGCUGUUUUGGACAGCCAAAGGGGUGAUCUUCAGAUUCCUUCCUAUUUCAGAACUAACCAGAGCAGAAUACCCUCAGAGACCAGGAUAAGAUGGUUUAUUGACCAUUGAAAGCAGGCAUAGAUGUGCCCAUGGUUGAGUUGUAUGGAAUCUCACUAACAGUCAGGGCAUAUCUUCCAGCAGAUGUGCCCUCACGGUGCUAACCUUCAAACACACAGUAGUUUCACUUUCUACAGCUGUCCAUGAAAAUAGAGCAUACAACUGCAGCUGAUCUUUUUGGGAUAAAGUGGGUCUCCUACACCGCUAGAUUGCUAUCCCUGGAGCAGUUGUUGCCAUGGCUGCUAGACUCUGGUUUCUAGGAGAGGAGCUGUACACCAGUGAGAGAGUACAGAGAAGGCUGCAGGUUCCAUCAAUGACAUCUCUAUUUGACAUUCAGGUGGAGAGGUGCAGAAUGAGGCCCCUUCAUAUGAACUUGGAGGGUUAUUAUUAAUCCAGAUAGACAGUACUAGACUGAAUGGAUGGCUCACUGGUUUAACUCAGUUACAUAUGUUAUAGCCAACCUAGCAUCCUCCAGUCACAAGCAUCCCUUGUGUGUGAGACCUUAUUUAUGGACAGUUCGUAUUACCACCCCACCCUGCUCCUUCUCUUAGGAAUUCUAUUUGUUAGGAAUGUGCAAAUGCUCAGGAUACUAACACAUUACAUUAGACUAGUAUCUUCUGGUCUGAUGAAAAUGAAAUUGUGCCCUAAUUGUACAAAGCCCCAUAGUAGCCAUAACAGAUGAUGUGCUAUAUAUAAAUGCAUUCUAAAUUCCCAGGUGGCACAUAAUAUAUUUGCACUUCAUCUCCACUUCCAGUGCUGUCCAUCGAAAGUCUCCAGGCAAAGAUCCAGUCAGUAGCAUUCAGUUCUCGUAGCAGAGGGAAAGAAGGCUGGAGGAAAGAACCAACCGACAUUAACCGCGUGCCAUUUUUAAGCUUCUCCUCCUGCCCUUUGUCUCUAAUAGCACUGGGGCACAGAUGGUGACCUUUCAGCAGUUCACACAGCCAUUCCAAAUCACCAAAGAAUGAGACCUCCAAAGGUUUUGAGUGAGUGGACAGAGUGAGAUACUGACCUAUUUACAAGAAUGAUGUAAAAAUUAUCAAAAGGAAAUAUGUCUGUUUACUCUGAGGGGGAAAAACUUGCCUAGACAUGGUGGGGAAAGUAGGAGGGGAAAACAGAGAACAAUUAAAUAAACCAGGCCCAGAAUCCUUGUUGAGAGAGACGGGACAUUUUAUUUUCCUUCUACCUCGUCAGCAGUUUUCAUUCACUGUAUUCUUUUGCUCCAAAGGAGAAAGAGCAAAAAGAAAAAAAAAAUGGUGUGCAGGAGAAAUGGGAAGAGUUCGCUUCAGCUCCGCUCUCCGCCCACAUCAGUUCUCGGCCACUGUCUCCUGUCUCUCUGCAGUGUCUCUGUUUCACACGUUCAGAUGUGGAGUCCUAAGCAUAUAGGAUGCUUAUUCAGCAUAAAAUGCAUUUUGAUUAGACCCCGAGACAGAACAUUUUCUAAUUACAUCCUUGGUAGAUGAGGCAGCUAAAAGCAGGGUAGAGAACAGCACAUGUAUGUUGGGAGGUGAUGGAUGCCUCCACAUAGGCCUAUUUGUGAAGACAAUGCUGUGCAGACUUUUUGAGCAGGUGGGCAGGAAGAAGGAAGGAAUAAGCCUUUUGGGGGUCACUUAAAAUGUAGGGUACGUGCCAAAUGCUACCUUAGGUUUCAAUAAAAUGGAGGAGAGGAGAACAAAGUAAGCCGCUUUGGGUUCCCAUUGGGGAGAAAGGUGGGGUAUAAAUGAAGUAAAUAAUUAAAUCCUUACUCUAGGGCUGAUUGAUGCUGUUUUGGUGAAACUGGCCCUUUCUUGCACUUUUCACUUGUAUAGAGCAAGAGAAAGGAGCACCAACCAAGAAAACCACUGAGGAGGGCACCAAUCCCUACUCUAGACCUGUGAUAACAGUGGAAACAGCAGAUGAAUUAGUCCCCUCCCCCAAAGGAUUUUCUAACUACAGCCUCUUUCCCAUGCUCCAUAGAAGUGAAUGGACACUUUCACUCCAUUCAGUUGGAGAGAGUGAGGGAAAGGGGGCUGCAGCUGAGGAAACCAGAGCUGUGUUCAAUUUACCUUCCCCAAAUACUCAUGUCCCUUAGAUUCCUUUGUCCAAGGGAUAUGGGGUGGUGGUGGUGGACUACGUUCCACUUAAGCCUGCAUUUAUACGGAAUGCCUGAAAUUCUGGUAGCCUAGGCAGUCACCUGUGGUUGUUCAGCUGACUUGGCACUUUCCCCUCUCUCCCUCCCCCAAGCCUUUGGGCCAGGAAAACCUGGCAAAACUAUGUUUAGUGGCUUACAUCAAGAAACUACCAGCAAAUAAAUUAAUUUUGCAGUGUCAGCAUAGGGUUCCAAGGAGGCCAGUAGCUUAACAAAAAACAUGUUGGAGUUUGUUUUUGUUCACAGAUCUCUUGUCUACCAGCCUUAUACCCAGAGUUUUUUUCUGACUCUUAAACACCUCUUACUCUCCACGCUUACCCUUCAUGUCUUAAAAACCAUUUGUUUCCCUUCAUCUUUUGAUUUGCAAGUAUGGUGAGGCCUUCCCCCCGCCUUCAUUUUAUGUACAGUUAAUUUAUACUCAGUACUGUAUUUAAAAGUUGUUUUAAAAAAA